UUCUCAUUAGCUUUUGCUCUAUUCCAUCGUCUUUCUUCAAUACAACUUUCCUUUUCUCUUUCAAAACAUAUCACCCAAAACCAUUGAUAACCACAAAAUGCAAUACCAAGCACAACAACAAUACGGAGCUUCUGCUUCUUCUUCCUCCUCCUAUUCUGCCAACGAUCCGAUGCGUCGGAUAGAGCGUAUGGCGGCCGAGAACGCGGUGGUCAUGUUCAGCAUGACUUCAUGUUGCAUGUGCCACGCUGUCAAACGCCUCUUUUGUGGAAUGGGAGUUAAGACUACAGUGUACGAGCUAGACGAGGACCCGAGAGGAAAAGAGAUAGAGAAGGCUUUGAUGCGUUUAAUGGGAAGCUCCUCAGCUGUUCCCGCCGUCUUCAUCGGUGGGAAACUCAUUGGCUCUAUGGAUAGAGUCAUGGCCUCUCAUAUCAAUGGCUCCCUCGUCCCUCUCCUGAAAAGCGCCGGCGCGCUUUGGCUUUAAAACGUCUUCAGCGUAUGUAUCUUGACAUAUGUCGUUAAUGUGCCUGUUUUCUUGACCCAGUUGAGAUAUGUUUGUGUUUUGCAGUAAAAGAAAAAAAAUGUGAAUUAAGAAAGUUGAAAAGAAGAGGAAGAGGAGAGUGUUGGGUACUUGUAAUAAUUAGCUCCCUCCUCUGAAAAAAUAAAAAAAAAAGAAUAACAGUUUUUUUUCUUUCUUGUUUAUUAUGUGUUUUUGUUUAUGAAAGUUUGAAAAAUUGUUUGCCUUUUCUUUAUCUCAAGAGACGGGUUUCUUUCAUAACCCAUUUAGCAAAUUAUUCUUCAUUGCAUCAUAGAUAUAAAUGGAUAUGAUUUGGAUUCGAAAAUGCAUACAGAGAAAAUAGUUGCAUGGCAAAAGAAAAAAAAAGGAAAUCAGGUUAUUAAAAUAAUUUUUUAAAAAAGGAACAUAUUUUUAGUAAGGUAAGAAUUUAUCCAUGAGAAUGGAUAACUACCAAGAAAAAAAAAAA